AUGUCGAACCAACAAGGCGCAACCAUCACAGUUCAUUGGCUGAACAAAUCGCGCGGUCAGCGCAUCGUGUGGCUGCUCGAGGAGCUCAAUCUCGAAUACGAGAUCAAGGUCUACAAGCGCAAUGCCAACAGGCGCGCAGGUCCUGACCUAAAGGCCGUCCACCCCCUGGGAAAAUCUCCAGUGAUUACCAUCAGGCCGGCAAAUUCGGAAAAGGAUAUCGUUAUUGCCGAGAGCGAGACCAUCAUGGAGUAUAUCUGCGACCAUUUUGGAAAGCAGUUGGUUCCUACGAGGUACCCCGAGGGCCAGGAGGGCGUGCUUGGCGCAGAGACAGAAGAAUGGAUGAGGUACAAGUUCCUCAUGGACUUCACCGAAGGAAGUCUGUUCACAGUCCUGAUUGCUGCUAUCAUCAGUGGCAGCAUUAAGAACGCUCCCGUUCCCUUCUUCCUCAAGCCCAUCACUGGUGGCGUCGCCGCCAAAGUCGAUGGCUCCUUUGUAGACCCGGAGUUGAAGACACACUUCGAUUUCUUGGAGGAUUAUCUCAUCAAGUCUCCCUCGAAGGGAGAAUUUUUCUGUGGUUCCAGCCUUACCGCAGCGGAUAUCAUGAUCCACUUUGCACUCGAGGGAGCUUGCCAGCGAGUGCCUUUAAGUGAUACAAACUACCCCACUCUGUAUAAGUACAUGAGGAGGUUACAGCAGACGGAUUCAUACAAGAGAGCGGCCAAGAAGGUCGAAGAGGCGAGCCAGGAGAAAUAUGUGCCGUUUAGCGAUGCCAAGUUUUAA